AUGAGCACGUCAGAUGCAUUGUCGGACGAGACUGCGUGUCAGAAUCACACUGUGACCAUUGAAGGUCAUAAUGUCCCUGAUGAUUUUGUAGAGGUUGACUUGGAAGAGGAGGUGCCAGAUGAAGCAGAAAGCGGACUUCAAGAAUCUGAUUCUGAAGACUCUGGAGACUCUGGAGAACCGGCCAAGCCAGCACUUGCAGCUCUCGUCGGGCUCAUCGAGAGAAUGCAGCCAACUCGACCCGAAAUCCUGCGGGCAGUUCCAACGCAUCAAAUUGUAGCCAGGUUGGGACGUGUCUUCUGGGCUCGGAAAGACCGAAGCUUCUUCAGGCUCAGCAAAGUCACGCAGGACUACGAUGAGUUUCUGAGUCAUAGUUGGCAGGUUGCAGUCUGGAAGAAGGUGCUGCUAUUGAUGGUUAUCAAGAACGGCUUGCCUUCGGUUGUCGUUGGAACUCUGACUUCCUUGCUCAUGGUACUGUUGUGGCAGUUAGAUUUCUUGCCAGGCUUUCCGAAGCUUGGUCAGAAGUGGUCUUGCUGGUGCUCUUCCGUUGGACUGAUCCUGGCACUUUUCACGCUGGCUUUCUGGAGACCACGUGGGUCAAUUUUCGUGGACAGGGUGUGCAUCAAUCAGUUUGAUCCACACAUGAAGACUGAAGGCAUCAUCAAUAUUGGCGCAGUGCUACGGGUUUCUAAAUCCCUGCUGGUCCUUUUCGACGAUUCCUACGCAGAGAGGCUGUGGUGCUUGUUCGAAAUUGCCGCAUUUCUCAAAGCCCAUCCAGAAGCUGCGGAGAAGCCCUACAUCCUGCAGGUCAAACCGAUAUUGUUGGGCUUUAUUAUAUGUGCAACUUGUGUUGGUGCGUUCGGAGCGGGUUUCUUUGCCGUCUUCAGCCCGUUCGAAGAUCGUUUCUUGAUAUGGGGAGUGAUUAUUGCCUUCGUUACCGCCGAAGGUAUGUUCCUUGUUCAUGCUUUCCGCAAAUAUUAUAGGUCUCUGGAGGCUAUCAAGAGUCAGAUGAAGAACUUCCGGCUGCGACAAGCGGAGUGCUGGUGUUGCAGCGUCAACCAUAUCCACCCAGCCAGUGGUCAGCGCAUCCAAGUCUGUGACAGAGAAAUCGUUAGCCAGUGCGUGACAAGCUGGUUCGGAUCUGAGCAAGAGUUUGACGAGUCUGUCCGGUCUUUGGCAGCCCGGGCUCUCGAACAGCAGCUGGGAUAUGAUGCUUUUCCUUAUCUCUGGAUGCUCGGAUCUUUCGUGCCUGUCUGGUGGCCCUUCAUGGACUACCUGGCGGUGUAUUUGCAAUGGGAAGAGAGCCAAUUUCUGGUCCCAUACUUUGUGAUUCGAUUCCUCGCGUAUUGGCUUUUCUGCCUGCCGCUGGUUGGUACCGUCGGGAUUUUUUUCGCUCGCUGCCUCCGACGGAAAGCACAGUGGAUGUGCACAGAACUGUUCCUGGAUGCGCUGGUAGGUGUGCUCACGUUACCCACAUUUCUUGCCAUUGUAGCAUGGCAGUUGUACACGGAGAUUACGUUUUACAGAGAAGAUGUUCAAGAUGGGCUCUCUGAGACACUGGGAUCCGUCGUUUUCGCCGCUGGUUGCGGCGUGGCACUCUUUGCUACAAGGAGAGGGUUCCAUUUUGCAAACAACCGUCUCUUCAAGAGGCUAGGAGCCUGA